AUGGAUAAAAGAAAUAACUGUGAUAUUUCUUCAAGACAUAAGAGACGAUUAGCACAAGAAGAAACGAAAAAAGAUUAUUUGUUACUAGAAUCGUCAAGCAGUAAUGUGACUGAUUUUGAUGGUCCAUCUGUCGAAUAUAUAAAAAAAUGUCGAAUUGAAAAUGUAAAUGAUCAAUUAUCAGUUUCAACAUCACCUUUUAAUAUUGAUCACAAGCACAUCAAUCAGUAUUCGUCAAACAUUAGUAGCAAUAAUAAAGAAGAAUUUUCGUCGGAUGAAAUACAUAACUCAUCAGAAAUGGACACAGAUCACGAAGAUUUGAUUGAUAUUGAGGAAAAAAAAGAAGAAAUGUUAUCGUUAUUGUAUGACUCUGAUGAUUCCAGUGACGCUGCAGAGGAUAUGGAUAGUGAAUAUAUUGACGAUGAAGAUAAAAGUAAGGAUAAUGAAUUGUUGCACAAUCUUCGAAAUUGGUCUUUUGCAUUUAAAAUUAGGCAUAACGCAAUUAAUGCUCUGAUUAGAAUUCUGAGGCAUACUCCACAUUCACAAUUCAAUACAUUGCCGAAGAAUGCAAGAACGCUUCUAAAAACACCUAGAAAAACUGCUGAAAUAGUUACAUUAUCUGGAGGAUCGUAUUAUCAUUUUGGUGUUUCGAAUACUUUAGAAGUACUCCUGCUACACUAUAAAAACGAUAUUUCAAACCAAGUGUACAUGGUCGGACUAUUUUUUGGUCAAAAGAAACCAAACAAUGCCAAUGAAUUCUUACAACAAUUUGUGAAAGAAUUAAUACCAUUAAUACAGAGAGGAUAUCAUUCAGACAUGUUAAACUGUGAUAUUAAAGUUAAUAUUAAAGCCAUUAUUUGCGAUGCUCCAGCAAAAUCUUUUAUUUUAAAUGUUAAAGGACAUAAUGGUUAUUCAAGCUGUACUAAAUGUACCAUUAGCGGAGAUUACAUUAACUCUAAAAUGUGCUUUCUUUAUGAAAAAAGAUCAAGUGCACUCAGAACUGACGAAGAUUUUGUACAUCAGACAGACUCUGAUUAUCAUCAAGGAGAAUUGCCCACAAUUUUGCUCUCUGUGCCUCAUUUAGGAUUAGUGUCGAAUAUUGCUCUUGACUACAUGCACUUGAUUUGUUUGGGCAUUGUAAAAAAAAUUAUAUUGUUGUGGAUAAGUGGACCAUUAGCUGUUCGCAUUCGUGCUCAAGCAAAAGAUAAUAUUUCGCAAGCACUUAUUAAUUUAAGAAGUUCUGUGCCCAAAGAAUUUUCAAGACGACCUCGAAGUUUAAAUGAAGUAGCAUACUGGAAAGCCACAGAAUUUCGGCAAUUUUUAUUAUAUACUGGACCUAUUGUUUUAAAAACAGUUUUAAAUAGAGAUAUAUACACACACUUUUUGACCUUACAUGUGGCUGUAUCAAUACUCAUCAGUCCAAUGCUAAUAGUAAAUAAAAACAAUGUAGAUUAUGCAGAAAAACUAUUGCAACAUUUUGUUGAAUCAUUUGAGAAAAUUUAUGGCAAGGAAUAUAUGUCUCAUAAUGUACAUAAUUUGUUACAUCUCUCUAACGAAACUCGAAAAUUUGGAUCACUUGAUUCUUUUAGCUCAUUUAGAUUUGAAAACUUUUUACAAAUUUUAAAAAGUUUUCUGUGUAAAGCAGAAAAACCACUGCAGCAAGUUAUACGACGAUACAUGGAAAGAAGACAAAAUCGGUAUGAGAGUAUGAAG